CCAUGGAUCGAGUCUGUACACUCAGCGACUUGGUGAAUUUAUUGCAGUCCUGCGGGCGUCUGAAAUCGCAUACUUGUUUAUAACGUAGUAGGCGAAAUAUAGUAUGCGAGGUGUAGUAUGUCUGAAUUCUCCGUAUGGAUUAGACAGUAGGCGAACGGUACCCGGAUGACAUUUUCCGAAAUGUGAAAGUGAUGGACGCUACACUCUCCCAUAACGACACACAAGCUGCAGCCUGCAACCAGUGAAGAAACGUUAUUUGCUCAGACAUUUGUGUCAAUAUGGCGGAGGAAGUGCAGUCUCUUUGCAGAUGGUCAGACAACGACACCCUGAACCUGAUCCGGUGGAGAGUGGCUAAUGAAGCCCUUUUUACUGGAAAGCGUAAUUCAUCCAUCAAAGGCUUUGAAGCUUUUGUGAGAGAGUACAAUUUGGAGGGCAAAGUGGCCGCUGCCCGUGUGAAGAGGAAGUGGGAGAAUCUUAAACAAAAGUACAAGGAUCUUAGGAACCCGUUCACUGGGGUCAGCACAGAGGGUGGUGAAGUAACAGCAGUGUCCUGGAAGUGGUAUACUGAAAUGGAUGAGGCGCUCGGGGGAAGGCCCUUAGUCAUGCCACCCACCCUGAUCGCCUCUGAUGCUUUACCAUCACCAGUGCUGCAGCACAAAAGAAGAAGGACAUCAGAUUUUGUGCUGCUCAUUAAAGAAAUAGAGGAGAGGGAGGAACACGGAGAACGAGAUGCAGAGGCAAGAGAGGAAAAGCGUCUGCAGGAGGCUGAGGAUAAGGAGGAGAGGCUGGAGCAAGAGAGGCUGGAGAGAGAAGAGAGAAGAGAAGAUGAGGCUAGAGAGAGAGAGGAGAAGAGGGACAGGGAGGCUAGAGAGAGGGAAGAGAGGAGAGAUAAGGAGGAAAACAAGGCUGUUCCAUGGAACUUUAGCAUCAUGCACAGACCCUAG